CUCCUCCCCCUCCCCGAUCCCCCCGCCCCUCCCCCUUACACACUCGCACGCACUAUCGCGCCGGCUCCCACACGCUCGCGCGCCUCCCGCUCCGCGCCUCGGUGUCGGCCGGCGUCGUCCCGGGCCCGCGGAGCCACCAUGUCCACUGCCGCCUCCUCUUCCAGUUCCUCUCAGACCCCUCAUCCCCCGCCGCAGAGGAUGCGGCGCAGCGCCGCGGGUUCCCCGCCCGCCGCCCCAGCCACCGGCAGCGGGAACGGUGCAGGCGGCGGCGGCGGCGGUGGCGGUGUGGGCUGCGCCCCAGCUGCGGGAGCCGGCCGGCUGCUGCAGCCCAUCCGCGCCACGGUGCCCUACCAACUCCUGCGGGGCAGCCAGCACAGUCCCACGCGCCCGCCCGCCGCCGCCGCCGCCGCCUCGCUGGGCAGCCUCCCGGGGCCCGGCGCGGCCCGCGGCCCCAGCCCGCCCAGCCCGACGCCGCCGCCGGCCGCGGCCCCAACCGAGCAGGCGCCGCGGGCCAAGGGCCGCUCGAGACGGUCCCCUGAGAGCCACCGGAGGAGCAACUCACCUGAGCGACGGAGCCCCGGCUCGCCCGUCUGCAGAGUGGACAGGCCCAAAUCUCAGCAAGUUCGAACCUCUAGCACAAUAAGGCGAACCUCUUCCCUGGAUACCAUAACAGGACCUUAUCUCACAGGACAGUGGCCACGGGAUCCUCAUGUUCAUUACCCUUCAUGCAUGAAAGAUAAAGCUACUCAGACACCUAGUUGUUGGGCAGAAGAAGGUGCAGAAAAGAGAUCACAUCAGCGUUCUGCAUCAUGGGGGAGUGCUGAUCAACUGAAAGAGCAGAUUGCCAAACUGAGGCAGCAGCUACAACGCAGUAAACAGAGUAGCCGGCACAGUAAGGAGAAGGACCGUCAGUCACCUCUCCAUGGCAACCAUGCAGCAAUCAGUCACUCUCAGGCUACUGGAUCAAGAUCAGUCCCUAUGCCGCUGUCAAACAUAUCUGUGCCAAAAUCAUCUGUUUCACGUGUGCCCUGCAAUGUAGAAGGAAUAAGUCCCGAAUUAGAAAAGGUAUUCAUUAAAGAAAAUAAUGGGAAGGAGGACGUGUCCAAGCCUUUGGACAUCCCGGACGGCCGGAGAGCGCCGCUGCCCGCCCACUACCGCAGCAGCAGCACGCGGAGCGUCGACACCCAGACGCCCUCGGUGCAGGGGCGCAGCAGCAGCUGCAGCAGCCACUCGCCCUGCGUCUCCCCCUUCUGUGCCCCCGGCUCCCAGGACGGCAGCCCCUGCUCGGCAGAGGACCUGCUCGACGAUCGUGAUAAAGACAGUGGGAGUAGCUCACCGCUACCCAAGUAUGCUUCAUCUCCCAAACCAAACAACAGCUACAUGUUCAAACGGGAGCCCCCAGAGGGAUGUGAGCGAGUGAAGGUCUUUGAGGAAAUGGCGUCUCGUCAGCCUAUCUCAGCCCCUCUCUUUUCAUGUCCUGACAAAAACAAGGUUAAUUUCAUCCCAACCGGAUCAGCUUUCUGUCCUGUAAAGCUCCUAGGCCCUCUCCUCCCUGCCUCCGACCUGAUGCUCAAGAACUCUCCUAACUCGGGCCCGAGCUCGGCUCUGGCCACCCUGACCGUCGAGCAGCUCUCCUCCCGCGUUUCCUUCACGUCCCUUUCCGACGACACCAGCAUAGCGGGCUCCGCUGAGGCCUCUGUCCCGCAGCCAUCCCAGCAGCAGCAGUUCCUGCAGGAGCUGCCGGGUGAGGACCACAUCUCCGCUCACAACUACAUGGUCAUCUAGAGUGAGGGGGGAGCUGGCCUCCACCCUGUGUUCCACGUGUUAGGAACUAGAUCUCAGACACCUAUCUGCAUGGAGUGACCAACUUUCCGACACCACCACCACCAACAGAAUACUUAAUCAGAGUCAUCAAGUAUCUCAACACUUACCUUGGCAGGGACGGAACUCCUAUUCAGCAGUUUUUGUGGAAAGCAGUAAUGCUUGCAAAAUGUGUGUAUCAUUCAGCAUUCAAAGUGGAGACUAUGCAUUUCAUAGUAUGUUUGACAGAUUAGUACUGUGUCCUUGUUUUGUCCCCAAAUCUUCAGUAUAAAUAAGCUCUAUAUCAGAAAGUUGCCUGUCUAAAUGGAAAAUGUCUUGCUGUGUUUUGUCCUAUGGAAAAAUACUGUACUUCAGGAUUAUGUUUACAAUUGAUCCAGGUGUUUGUUUCUAACUUCUGUAAUACAUACAAUGCAAAAAAUAAAUAAAUGGCCACAACAGUUGCACAGGGCCCACCCUAUGGCCUAGCUUCAGGUACUUCAGUUGAAGUCUAAACUCAGGUAACUUGGAAUGUAUAUCAUAUUGGGAUAUUAACUAUUUCACAGCUAAAAAGCUAAAGAGGGAACAGCACUCUUUUGCCUUUUCUUCUUUUAUGCAUUUCCCUUUCCUCAUUACAUUCCACAUUCUUAGAAUAAGAAGUGCAUUCAGCCCUAGGAGAACAGAAAUCCUGGACAUGGGUGAACGCGAGGAGAACCAGCAAAUCCGUGGUGUCUGACAUCACUUUUGUCACAUGGUUACAAGUAAAACAACUGUUGCAUUCACUGUUUCAACAUGUGUAAAUGUGGCUUUUUUUUUUUUUUUUUAAAACAAGUUCUGGGUGUUGCUCAGUUAAUGACUGAUACAAUGUUGUGAAUAAAGUAUCAGGUAUAGGCUGUACAAAACAUUCCCCCAGUGUGUGUGUGGAUGUUAAAGACAAGAAUGUCUAGGUGUCAUUUUCCCAGAGGAUGGCUGAGGUGUUUUGUUUAUGUUGGCCAUCAGGGUUAUGAAAUGCUACUGAUCUAUCUAAAGGCAUAGUCACCUUUCGUUUCUCUGUUGGAAAUUCUUGAAUCUGCAGGUUAAGAAAUGACACACUUUGGUUAUUUUCCUCAAGCAGUUCAGGUGCAUGAGUUGUUUUAAUGUAGAGAGAGCAAUGUGAGCGUCAGAAUUCAAAAUAGGUUAUCUGGUGACUUGCAAGUGUAAGUAGUGUGGAGCUGUUUCAUUUAAGCCUCUCAUAAUAAUACCAUGAAUACUUCUGUUCAUAUUUUGGAAGCAUGGAGUAGACCAUAAACCCAAGUAAAGAGCCUUGAACCUGCAGACUUGACCUAACUUCUUGAAGUGUGAAGAGAGCCCUAGAUGUUCCUGAUUGGUCAGCAAAAGAGCCCAACUUGUGACAUUGUUUUCUGCAGCACAGAGUAUGUUCAAAAGCGGAGAGAAGUUUCUGUGUUUUUGUUUCAUUGCUUUCAGUUCAAUAAAACAGUUGUUUCAUCUGCACCUGAAGUGUAUGGCACAAUUUUCUUAAGAAUUAGGGGAACAAGGUGCCUACAGUUACAGGAACGUUUCAGUUCCUUUCAGUCAUUCCUGGGUUUUUCUUUGUUUUAUUUUAUAAGGAGGUUGAAGAAGGAAGAUGUGAUAAAGAAGAAAGCAACACCAUUGAUUUUUUUAAGAAAUGGUAUAUAUAUGUGUGUGUAUAUGUAUGUGUAUGUGUUCAGUGUAUUAUUUUGUCAUGAUCCCAAUUAUCUUCUGUCCACCAAAGUUUGCAGUAAUAUUCUCUCCAGAAGGUGCAUUCUGGCUCCUUUAAAUUAGUCAGUGUUAUAUAGUAGGAGACUGGCAUGGGAAAGGACUCAGUUUACUUUUACCAUUUAACAGGGGAACCUUUUAAAACAAUCGAUUCAGCAGAAGACACCUUUAACCCUAAUAAUCUCAGGCCUUGAUGAAAAUACUAUAUUUUGUAGAUUAUGGUUAAAGGCAGAAAAUUAUUAGUUCUGUAAGAUAAAUAUGAGCUCCAUUAACUUCUGAUAUCUGGUUUAGCAUUACAUAAUGUGUUGAUCUUAUACUCUGCUUUUGUCCAAAUAAGAUGCAAUAGUAUCAAUAUCAAUUUCUGAACGAUGGACUGAAUAUGCUUUUUUUUGGUAAUGAAAUCUGAUGUACGAUAUUUAUAGUGACGUGCUUUUAUUUUCUCAUGAGAAAACUAAAUAUUGUGUUGUACAUUUGUUCUUAGCAUAUAUUAAAGUUUUGAACCAAAUGUGUUAAAGCUUAUGCUUUGCCAUGUAAAUUUCCCAGAAGUUGUUGAGCUCAAAUGUAUCCUACAUCCAGCUGUAGAAAUUUGUCAGAGAUUGUUUAAAUUUUGUAUAUAGUUGUACUGUUUAAUUCUACACUGCGCUGAACAGUAUUCGAGUUACCAUACAAUAUGGCUUUACACAAGGAAAUGUGUGGCUUUUGUUUUGUAUUUUUUCAGUAUAGAAGUUCCUGUGUCUUCUUAUUUAAAUAAAGUUAUUAGUAAAACUGGAA